AUGUCAUUUCCCAGCAGUGUUCUCCAUCCUAGGAGAAAUACCUCCAUCGGCAUGAAGGAAUGCCUCCAUAAAAGCAUGGAUGGAGGCAUCAAAUGGGAGAAGCAGCCCAUGAAAUGGGCAGUGAGGUUGAGGGUGGCUUUGUAUUUGGCACAAGCUCUGGAGUACUACAGUAGUCGAGGACGGGCAUUGUACCAUGAUCUUAAUGCUUACAGAGUCUUGUUUGAUAAGACUUAUGAGAUUACCCUAAGAAAGGGAGCAAAAACUGUGAAUUCUUUGCAUCUGGUUCUUGAUUUAGGUGGUUCAGAUGCUUUUGCUGCCAAAAGAAGGAAAAUCCAAGGAGAUGAAGAAGAUGGCAAUCAUGAUAAAUCGAAAAGAUCUCAAGUGGUAAGCUAA